AAAGCAAAAGAAGCGAAGGUUUACGUACGGCGCCAAACAGAAACCGGUCAAACUAGUUUAUUCCGAAGCAAAAUUUUCCUCGCUAGACUUUCCAACCGGUUUUCAGGAACUUCAAUUCAAGUUUUAAACUCUUUUUACGAGAGGUCUGACCAUGGAAACCGACACAAUCUGGCCGCAGAUGAAACAGACGACGGCCGUUAGCGAGUCGCUGGCUCCGAUGAACAAUGAAGUCGCCUUCACUGAUAUAGAUCAAUUUUCAUCAGAAACUCGAGAUAAAGAGAUUGAGAUGUUCAAUCCUACGCAAUCUGGUGAUUUUGUUCCAAUGGAGGGAGUUACAGAUUUCCCAGUUGAUAUUCACAACUUCUUGGCAGCUCCAGGCAUUCCGGAUUGUCCACCAAUCUAUGAACCUCUGCAGUCACCAAUUGAUUCUGAUUUGUCUUGCCCACCUUCUCCUUCACCAGUUUCCUCGCCAUCACCAAAUUCCUCCUCAUCAUCUUCUGAGUCUGGUAUUGAAGAUGUUAGUGACAUGGAAGAAUCAACAUCUUUUCUGGCUGCAAAUGGAUCGCUGCUUGUCAAGAUGGAAAAUCCAUCCUCUCCACUGAAUGGUGUGAAUCUACCUGUUCUAAAGAGACGUGCUAUCAAAAGGCGUUUCAAGAAAGAAAAUGACAGCUCUGUCUUGGAAGAGCUUAACAAACUUCUUGUGGAAACCAGUGUUUCUCUGGCAUUGACUUCAACGGACCAGUCUUUAUCUCAGCCAUGCCAAACUCAAGCUAAACUUACCAGUGAAGGGAGCAUUCAGACUACAGCUUUACCAACCUCUUAUACUUGCCCUCUUAUUGUUGAGGCUAACCAAACCACAGUUGCAUCUGAAUCUCUUCAACUGUCACUUUCCAGUCAGACAACAACCACCUCUACUCUGUCUACACUUAGCACCCCACCUCCAGUUGUCUCUCAGUCUAGAACAAGGAGUAAACCAACACGGAAUCAUAAGAAAUCUGAUGAACCCAAGAUUGUGAUUAUAGAGGAGCCUGAAGAGAACUACAGAGCCAGAUAUGAAAGUGAAGGGUGCAGAGGUCCUAUUCAUGGCUCUCAGGACAAUUCUUUCCCUGCUGUUAAGAUUACAGGAUAUGAUCAAGCUGUAUGGAUCACAGUGCAUCUGACAACUAGUAGUGGCAUGCCACAUUACCAUUCCAUUCAUGGACCUGGCUCUACUAAGGUACCAUGUAAAGAGACUACUCUACCUGGUGGAGUACCUGCUGUUCAAGUUAUGGUUGCUCCAGAUACCAAUAUGACUGCAGUGCUUGACUCAUUGAGCAUCCGUAGACUGCGAAACUGGGAAGGUGACAGAGAGUUGAGGAAAAGAGGAAUUGAUCCAAGAACCUGGAAGAAAGAACGCAAGGAAGCAAGACUGUUGUUUCAGGCAGAGUUGCCAGAGAACAAUGGCCAUCCAGCUGUUAAACUGACGUGCAAAUCUAAGGUGUUCCAGUGCAGUUCUUCUGGUCCUCCUGGUAAUCCAGAAAUUUGGUGGGCCAGUACAAGUGAGGGUUCCGUUGAGGGUGGUGAUGAACUGGGUCUGAUUGGAAAAAAGUUUCAAUCAGGUUUUAAAGUGCGAUUCUACUCGGUGAAUUCCUCUGAAAAUUGGGAGAGUUUUGCUGAAAUUGACAAGAGUAAGUCACAUCAGGGUGCUGCAGUGGUUCUCACUCCAGCCUACUGUGAUACUGAAAUAACCUCUCCUGUCACUGUUAACGUAGUGGUAACAUUUGGAAAUGGCAGAGAUGCAAAAUCAAGUGAACCUAUUGAGUUCACAUACAAACCCAAACCUAGGGUAAACUUGCUAGUUGAGGAAGUAGAAAUGCAUCCAAGCCUUCCCAUUACUGCUACAGAAAACGUUAUUACAGUGGAUCUGUUUAACCCUAUGGUUGAGCAGGUUGUGAUGGACAACCUGCCUCAAGAAAUCGUGGAGCCUGCACCAGUGCUAGUGCCCACAGUGAAUGAGGAGCAAGACUGGCAGGCUUUGUGUGUUCAAAUUGGUGAGCUACAUCAAAAUGGAGAGCUUUCUACAGAGCACGUCAAGGAAUUAUGUGAAUACAUCAAAAGAAAGGACACUCUACUUCUGCAAGCCUUUCGUUCAUCAAGAACUGCUGGCACCAAGGAACAGCUACAAGUGAACUUCAAACAAUAUCUCUCAGGGAUGCUUUGUAAUUUGUAGGUCACAUUUGAACAUGUAAAUUAAAUUAUAUUAAUUAUUGUUAUAGAAUUCUUAUAGGCAAUUUUAUUAUAAUAAGUUUAUUUCUUUCAUAAUUAAAAACAAACAAACAAAAAAAAAACAGUAAAAGAGAAUGCUGACGGUCUGUAUUUUCACUGCACUGUUUACAAUAGAUAGAAGCAUGUCAUAUCCCUAUUUGUUUGGCUUGUAUCUAUUUUCAACAGUGUUUUGUUGGUACAGAUUUCACUAGACAACAUCCACUGUAAAGGUGUUAUAUAUCAGUUUGAAAUGAAGGCAAGGUAGACUUGUUGGAAGAAUGUAUAUUGAUUAUUUACUUUAUUUUCUGCUCGUACAGAUGUUAUACACGUGAACUUCAGUGACUAACGCCAAUCCCUCCUGUUUUCAAACAACACUUUACUCGAUCUCUGCAAGACUUUUCUUAGAUAUGAGCUUAAUUGAAUUUGCCUGACCUUUGCAAUCAUUACAUCUGGUGUUGGCAAUGUCAACGUCUGAAAUUUAUUUUGUAAUGGGAAUUAGUCACUUGUUGUGUCCUUCUCAACCUUUAUAUUCAGAUAGUUUUAAGUACUGAGACAUUUUACCAUGUUUUGAUGUAUGAGUUGCCACUUAAUUGAAUUCACUCAGGGUUAGCAUGCUUAGUCAAUUUGUAGAUGUGUAAUCUCGCUCCUGGGAGAUGAGUUUUCUAGAUUCUUAAAUUAAAUUUUGUAGCUUUGGGUAGUGUUGUAGUUAUGCCCGAGUGUGAUUUCUAAACUACUGUGGCUACUUUUGUAGAUUCUUUGAAGUGUAGCUAUUACCAGGAGUUACUGUCCACCUUCAUUAGUUAUGUACUGUGUCUGUUAGCACUUAAACUUUUGUUAUACUGGUUAUUGCAGGUGGAACAAUAAUGUAUGUAUAUGUAUCAGUCAAUAUUUGUGAGAAAACCAAACUAAGGUAGUCGGCCUGCAUUUUGUUUUGCAUGCUUUCCUGUCUGAUGACAGUUGAAAGCAAGCACUUCAAAAUGUCAUUCUUGAAUUCUGUGCGGUGUACAUCCAAGUUAGUCUUAACCAGGUUGAAAGCUUUAGCAUCUUGACUCUUGAGGAUUUUUUAAUCUGUUUUUCCUACAAUGAGAAGAUUCCACAAGGUAUUGUAAAGGUGCAGUUGGCUUUUCUUGGUGGAAAAACUGAAGGAAAUUAUUAGCCUUGUUAAGACUAUACAUCAUGAUACACAGUCUGAUUGUGUAUGGCUCUGGAGUAAGUUAACUGUUCCUUUACUUAUCUUAAAG